AUGCAAUCCGUUCUCCAGUAUCGGCGCUUCCGCAAAAUACUCGAAGCUCAGCUAGAACGUGAUGACGAAAAAGUCGCCGGAUUGCGACAGCAGCGCCGGAAUCAUCGCAGCACAAAGAACUCGCCCUUAGCACUUAGAAAAGACGGUGGCGAUGUAGCUGCAGUUGACGACGACGAGAAUGCGGCUCAGGAAGAUGAUACCAGACAAGGAAACUUCUCAACGACACCCUCGACCACUUCUUCGUCGACUCGUCAUGCUACCGCCGAAAUUGAUAUUGAGCAAACCCCGGACCCAGACCUUGAAGCUGGUGACCUCCAUAUAGUUCCUACGCAGAGCACUACAGGAACAACUCUAGGCCACGCAUUGACCGGUAUCGAAGUCCGUGACCGAACAACAAAAGAAGGUGGUUCUGAGUUGGGAAAAGUCUUCGUGGUGGCCUGGGAGCAUGAAAAAGACCCUAUGAACCCACAGAGUUGGGGAUUUGCUAGAAGAACCACGGCGACGAUGGUACUUUCAUUCAUUGGCGGUAUUGUCGGGUUUGCUUCUGCUAUCGAUUCAGCUAUUAUACCUCAGGCAAUGGAAGAGUUUGGAGUUAGUGAAGUUGCCGAAUCUCUAGCGACUGGUAUAUUCAUGAUCGGAUUCGGCGCUGGUGCCUUGAUAGCCGGUCCGUUUUCCGAGACCGUAGGGCGGAAUCCAAUCUAUAUUCUCACCAUGGCCCUGUAUAUGGUUUUCCUUGUUGGUGCAGGCGCCGCACCCAGCCUUUCAGCCCAGCUUGCAUGUCGAUUCUUCAGCGGCAUGUUCGGCGCAACGCCUCUUGUCUGUGCCGGAGGCUCACUCUCAGAUCUAUGGAAUCCUGCAGAGCGUGUCUUUGCAUUCCCCAUGUUCGCUUGCUUUUCAUUCCUUGGUCCCCUCAUUGCGCCGUUGGUUGGAGGCUGGUUUGGUGAAAGUGAAACUUUGAGCUGGCGUUGGACCGAGUGGAUAACGCUAAUUGCUUCCGGUAUUAUCUUGAUCGUUGUUGUUCUAAUUCAACCGGAAACAUAUCAUCCAAUUCUUCUCAAAUGGAAAGCACAGCACUUGCGUCGCUUGACUGGCGAUAAGCGAUAUCGUGGAGGCAUCGAGAUCCGAAAAACACCCCUGGCCAUGCGACUUGUUCGAGCUCUAUACCGGCCAGUGUUGAUGUUCAUUCAAGAACCGAUUAUCAUCCUCUUCGGUCUGUAUCUCACCGUCGUCUACAUUGUCCUCUUUACCUUUCUCACUGGAUACACGUUCAUUUUCACCGACAUCUACGGCCUGUCCCAAGGAAUGACGGGCGUCUGCUUCGUGGGCCAGAUGGUAGGCGUUUUAUCUUGCGGCGCAUUGAUUCCACUGAACGUUCACCUUCGUAAACGUGAUAUUGCCCGAGCCAAAGCACUCGGCCCCGACGUCAAAGUCGCACCAGAAUCUCGGUUAUACUGGGCCAUGAUCGGCGGACCAGCUAUACCAAUCAGUCUGUUCUGGAUGGGCUGGACAGCUCGACCAGACAUUUCGAUCUGGUCACCACUUCUCGCCUCGGUUUUGUUCGGGUUUGGCAUUUUGUGUGUCUUCAUGACUACUUACCAGUAUAUCAUCGACUCGUAUGAAGUUUAUGCUGCUAGUGCCUUGGCCAGUAUCACCUUGAUUCGCUAUGUUAUAUCAGGUGCAAUGAUUGAAAUUUCCAUCCCGUUCUACCGCAACAUGGGCGUGGCGUAUACCUUGACGAUACUGGGGAGUAUCAGUGGCAUACUGGUGCUGAUUCCGUUUGCCUUUUACAAAUACGGACCAGCUAUCAGACGGAAGAGCAAGUAUGCUCCUGAGUAA